AUGGCGGAUCUCAAGGGGGGAUCCGCUCGCCACGGCGGAUCGAGCAGAAGAAGGACAGGCUCUGCAGAGAGCGAUCGGAGCCGGAGCGCGGCGGAAGCAGAAGGCAAAGAACAACAAAACCUUGGCGCGGCCGACGCGGCGACUGAGAGCCGAAGGCCGGUGAGUGACGAUAAGGAGAACUCAGAGCCUCUAAAUGAGAUAGCUGAGUCAGUUGAAGUGGAAUAUGUUCCGGAAAAGGCAGACGUAGAGGAUGCUUUUCUUGAGGAGUUCAAGAGCGUUUUUGAGAAGUUCUGCUUCAAAGAUUCUAGUGCUAGUGCUGAGGAGGAUGCUCAGAAGGACGAGGUGGCUGCAAAUGAGGCAGCUAAGAAGAACGGUAAUUCUGAUUCGGAAGACGAGGAGCAAAAUGCUGAGCAGAAGGAGAAAGGUGUUUCUAACAAGAAGAAAAAGCUACAAAGGAGAAUGAAAAUAGCAGAAUUGAAACAAAUAUGUUCAAGGCCUGAUGUGGUGGAGGUUUGGGAUGCAACCGCAGCAGAUCCAAAACUACUCGUCUUCCUGAAGUCAUAUAGGAACACCGUACCUGUUCCAAGGCAUUGGUGUCAAAAGCGCAAGUUUCUACAGGGAAAGCGUGGUAUUGAAAAACAGCCUUUCCAACUUCCAGAUUUCAUUGCUGCUACUGGAAUAGAGAAAAUAAGACAGGCAUAUAUUGAGAAAGAAGACAGCAAGAAGCUAAAACAAAAGCAACGUGAGCGUAUGCAACCAAAGAUGGGGAAAAUGGAUAUCGAUUAUCAGGUUCUGCAUGAUGCAUUUUUCAAAUAUCAGACUAAACCAAAGCUUACAACACAUGGUGAUUUGUAUCAUGAAGGAAAAGAGUUUGAGGUCAAACUGAGGGAAAUGAAACCAGGAAUGCUGUCACAUGAUCUUAAAGAAGCUCUUGGCAUGCCAGAUGGUGCUCCUCCUCCUUGGCUUAUUAAUAUGCAGAGAUAUGGUCCUCCGCCAUCUUACCCACAUCUGAAAAUACCAGGACUUAAUGCUCCUAUUCCUCCUGGAGCCAGCUUUGGUUAUCAUCCUGGAGGUUGGGGAAAACCUCCUGUUGAUGAAUAUGGCCGGCCAUUGUAUGGUGAUGUUUUUGGGGUUCAACAACAAGACCAACCUAACUAUGAGGAAGAACCAGUUGACCGAAGCAAACACUGGGGAGAUUUGGAGGAAGAAGAGGAGGAGGAGGAGGAAGAAGAGGAAGAACAAAUGGAAGAAGAGGAAAUGGAGGAAGGCAUUCAAUCAGUUGAUAGCCUUUCAAGCACCCCCACUGGUGUUGAAACUCCCGAUGUUAUUGACCUACGAAAGCAACAGAGAAAGGAGCCAGAGAGACCUCUUUAUCAGGUUCUGGAAGAGAAGGAAGAGAGAGUUGCUCCUGGGACUCUGCUUGGAACAACUCACACUUAUCUGCUCACUGAUAAAGACAAAGACAAAGCAGCUGCUGCUAAAAGGGUUGAUCUUCUUCGGGGUCCAAAAUCAGACAAGGUGGAAGUCACCAUCCAACCAGAGGAGUUGGAGGCUAUGGAUGAUGUUUUGGCUGCCAAGUACGAAGAAGCACGUGAGGAGGAGAAGCUGAGGAACCAGAAGGAAGACUUCAGCGACAUGGUUGCAGAGGCCGAGAAGAAGCGAAAACGUAAGAUGCAGGAUAAGGAAGGCAAAUCGAAGAAGAAAGAUUUCAAGUUUUAGUUUAUAUAUCGAGCCGAGAUGGCGGCAUGGAAGUUUCCAACUGUUGAUGUACCUUGUACUCUUGAGUACGUAACUUGUAAAUCACUUAGCGCUCUCAGUAAACCUAGUUUUGCGUAUGAAGAUUGAGAAGUUGCUACGAUUGUGGUGCUCGAGGAAACUGACAUGUUACCUUAUUUUAUGGCUUUACUUCCGUAGGCAGAUCAUGCCAUUUUAUGUUUUAGAUGUCAAAUUGAUGUUGUUCAUCAAUCAUAGAAUGUGAAUCAAGCAAUUCUACUUGUAUGGUAGUAAUUGCCCUAAGAGCAUGUAUGGCUACUAUUUAUAUCUUUGAACCCUUACAAGUUAAGUUACUUAUUCUCAAAACUCAA